UAAUAAAUACAAAUAAAAUAAAUAAAGAUGGUGAGAGCACCUUGCUGUGAGAAGAUUGGGCUGAAGAGAGGGCCAUGGAGUCCUGAAGAAGACCAUCUUCUUGUUUCUUACAUCCACAGAAAUGGCCAUGGCAAUUGGAGAGCUCUUCCAAAGAAAGCUGGACUGUUGAGGUGCGGGAAGAGUUGCAGACUAAGGUGGAUAAAUUACUUAAGUCCGGAAAUAAAAAGAGGGAAUUUCAGCAAGGAAGAAGAAGACACCAUUAUCCAUCUCCAUCAACUCCUUGGUAACAGAUGGUCAGCAAUUGCUGCAAAAUUGCCAGGCCGGACAGACAACGAAAUAAAAAACGUUUGGCAUACACAUUUGAAGAAGAGGCUGCCAAACUACGAGCAGCCACCACCCAAGUCCGCCAAGACCGCCCGCCCACCACCACCAGAACCCACUUGCGACGACGGAGGCCCCACCGUCUCGUCCUCCUCGUCGGAAUCUUUUGUCACAGCCGAAACCACCGCGCCGGAAACCGCCGGAGAAGCGGAGUUCUCACACAUUGCCGAGAGCUUUUGGACGGAAGUCCUCUGCUUCCCUGACGAGGCUGGCGGCGAAGUGUCGCUCGAGUCCAGGGGUUCGACGGCGGCGGAGGAGGAUGGUAUGGACUUCUGGUACGACCUUUUGUCUAGAGCUGGGGAGUUGUCGGAAUUAAUGGACUUUUGAGGGCUCUGUUUUUGUGGCUUAGCAAACCUUUUGGUCUUGUUCGUCAAUUGACGUAUAUGUGUAGUGUUUGUUUUUGUGGUUUGUGUUUCAUAAACCAUGAGAUUGACUCUUUACUAGUGUAUAAUAUAUGGAUAAUAAGUAUUGAAGUAGGGA